AUGACAGCUUCUGAUUACUGGAGUUUCCAGGCUUUGCGUCCAUCCAUGUGGAACUUCUUGAGGAGUCGCUCAGCUGCUUCUUACAACUACAUCCUGUUGAGAAGCCCACAUUUCCACAAAGCUAAGGGAGAGACAAGUUGGGAAGGAGGAAGUGGGAAAGUCUGGAAACAGCUGUGGAAGAUGAAGAUAAAGCACAAACAAAAGCUGAUUGUAUGGAAAUGCCUGAACCAAGCCUUGCCAAGUAGGGAAGCAGUACAUAAACGAACAGGAAAUGGUGAUAUAAUCUGCAAGCUAUGUGGGGAAAAUAGUGAAACAAUGGAACACAGAUUCUUUCAGUGUAAACAAGCACAAAUGAUAUGGCGGAUGGCACCCCUCCAGUGGGAUGGACUUACGGAGCACACUGCUGAUUUUAGAAGAUGGUGGAGUAUGUUAAUGGAAGUGCAGACGCGAAAGGAUGGAAGAGAACACAUAACCUUAACAGUGGAAAUUCUUUGGCAGAUCUGGAAAGUCAGGAAUGAAGUUGAAUUCGAAGGCAAGAAUAGACAUCCAAUGGAAGUCAUCAGGAAAGCAACCAAGGACUGGGAGGAGUAUCACCAAUCACAACAGAUAGAACAUCGAAUGAGCAUCUCAGAAACAGAAAUAGCUCAAGAUGAGGAGGAAAGGGUGGGGGAGGAUGAUAACUUGCUGAACAUUAGCGUUGAGGUGGGGCAACACGUAGAAGGGCAAAAUAUGGGAAUUGGAGUUACAACAGAAAACAAUCUGUGCCAGAAAUGUGAAGCUUGGAUGCUGAAUGAGAGAAGCACUGGAUCAGCAGUGCUGGAUAAUCUUUUGGCCAUCAAACUGGCACUUUGUAAGCUAAAGGGGAAAGGGUGGCAGCAUAUCAAGAUCCAAACGCCAUGCACUCAGGUCCUAAAUAUGAUACGGUAUCAAGCUUCUAGCAACCAAAGGCUGGCAACUCACCUGGAGGACAUAAAAGAUCUUUGCUCAAUGUUUAGGAAAUGCUCAUUUGAUAGCUUGCCUGUUGAAAUGAAUAGACUCAGUGCUAAACUGAGUAGAUUAGCUAUGCAUACACUUUGA